CACUUAUGUUUUAUUAUGUUUCUUCAACCAGAAAUCAGUAGCGACGAUCAUCUCCUCGGAGAAAUGGAGCCCAGUGAUUUACUACAGGAGGCCGAGUGGUACUGGGCUGACAUAUCCAGGGAGGAGGUGAAUGAAGUUCUCCACGGCAUGCCUGACGGUGCUUUCCUGGUCCGAAAUGCUUCCUGCAAGCGGCAGGGAGAAUAUACAUUAACCAUUAGGAACAAUGGCACCAACAAACUCAUCAGGAUCCACCAUCAAGAUGGCAAAUUUGGGUUCUCCGAGCCUCUGACCUUCAGCUCGGUGCCGGAGCUGAUCUCUUACUACAGGCAUCGGAGCUUAGUCCAGUACAACAGCUCCCUGGAUGUCACGCUGGCUUAUCCCGUGUCCCACUGUGACCCGCUUCCUACCUCGUCUGAUCUGCCUGUGAAGGAAGAGUUUUUGAGUGCAACUAGAGAGAAGCUCCAUGAAUGUUUGAGACUGUUUCAGAAGACGGCCGAGUAUGACCAGCUGUAUGAUGCUUGCACUACGCUGUUACAGGAAAUCCAAAGGAGAGAAACAUUUGAGGCCGUCAGCAUGACCGAGACCUCUGAAGAACAGUGUUGUUCUCAGGAGAACUCUUGCAAGGAUUUCCAAGACACAGUCCAGAGUGAGCUGAAAGAGUCUGAAUGCGAGCGUGAGAAGAGCGUGGAGCUGCUGGAGGAGGAGAGCUGGUUUGUGGGAGAUCUCGGUCGACGGCAGGCAGAGGAGCUUCUCCGUGGGAAACCGUCUGGAGCUUUCCUCAUCCGCAACAGCAGCACCAAGGACUGUUAUGCCUGCUCUGUGGUGGUCGGCAGCCAGGUGAGGCACUGCGUGAUUCGCCACACGGAGCGCGGCUACGGCUUCGUCGAGCCCUUCGAUCUCCACAAGUCUCUGAAGGAUCUGGUCAUGCACUACCAUCACACCUCGCUGGCACAGCACAACCAGGCGCUGGACGUCCGGCUGGCGUAUCCGGUCCACGCCGCUCACUAAACCAACUGCACUAAGACUGAAGGAGAUUUCGCUCUAUUUUACCGUCUGGACACUGUGCAAAGAGUGGAAGCGACUGUCAAGCUGUUUGUUUGUAUAUUGCACUUUCCAAAGCAUUCCUCACGGUCAUAAAGAUACUCCAGUACUUGAACAAGUGUUGAAUGAGCCCUUUGUAGACAUGUUUACAGACACACAAAAACGUCAGACUUGGUUUUUAAGGGUUUUGUGAUAGUCAUGCUCUUUUAAGCAAACGGAUGUAGUAGUUUUUGUGGGGAUGAAUGAUAAUCUUUUAUUGCAAUUCAUUCAUCACCCAAAACAUUUUAAAAAUGUAUUUUGUGAAUGUAACAGUUAUUAAAAGACACACUUUCAGAUCUUUCAAGAUGCCUGCAGUUCAUGCUCUUUUGUGCACCCAAGUAAGGAGUUUACUUUUUUUUUUUUUUUUUGAUGCAUGGUUUAUUUGUUCGAGAGAAACAUCUUAAACUGGUUUUAGUUCAUAAAAUUUGAAUAACAUUUUAAAGGCGGCUUGAAAAUUGUGCACAAUGUGAGUAUCCACUUUGCAUCGGUUACAGAGUAAGAGGAAAUGUAUUUGUUGAAUUCACAUUUCUGGCAUACUUCUAAUGUUUACCUUUUUUUACUAUGCUUGUUUUAGGAAAGCCAGGACAGUGCAGUUGUCUUGCGGGCUGAACAGCCCAGGCACUUCAUAGAGUUUAAUACAUAAGUGUGUCUGUGGUUAACCACACAAUGUCAAAAUGCUUAUUCUUGAGAUGAGCAACUCUUUUUAUUUGUCAGCAGCAGACCGUACAAAGGGAACGUUUCCCCUUCUUUUGCAGAGCUUAUUUUGUGCUGCAGUGUUUUCACUUGCAUGCUUCUUAAAUAA